AAACUCAUAAAGGAAGUGCAUUGGAAUAAUUAACAGGGAACGAACAUAACAGAAGCGUGGAUAUCAAGAAUAAUACUGUGAGAUUAUCAUUUCAAGAGUGUUUUUCGAAGAAUUUUCGUCCACUCAGUGCCCGCUUAAUUGCAUAAAGAAGAGGCACUGAAAAGAAAAGAAAAAUAAUUUUUAAGAAAUGUUUCACCAGUUAGAAUGGAAUUAGCAUUUUUCUAUUAUGAAGAUAAGAAUACGAUGGACAUGAAAUUGUAAAGAAAAUUGUUGAAUGAAAUGGCGUAUAUCAUUGGGGAGAGCUAUCGUGCCAUUCGGGACAUUCUUUUCAACGAUGAUCCAGAGAAUAUGGAGCGUGUGGGGAGCAUACACUUUCCUCUUUCCGUCGUCCUGUUAUACCUUCUAUUUGUUAAAUGGCUCGGACCACUCCUCAUGAAACCAUUCAAACCAUUAAGACUCAAUUCACUUUUAAUCGCAUUCAAUAUUUCCAUAGUGGUUUGGAAUGCUUACGUUAGUUUCAAUAUUGCUAAUAUUAUAUAUGAUAGUGCGAAAAAUGGGAAGUUAUGCAAUCUGAUGACAAAUGAAGUGAACAUGAAGUAUUACGUAAAUAAAGCUUAUAAAUUUGUAUGGCUAUUUUAUAUCAGCAAGUACGUUGAUCUCCUCGACACAAUUUUCUUUGUUCUGAGGAAAAAGCAUCGACAAAUCUCAUUUCUUCACGUUUUUCACCACUCGACUGUAAUUCUGCUUAUUUGGUGGGGAAUACGAUAUAAGUGCCGAGGUGGAUACAUCGGAGUGGGUAUUUCGUUGAAUUCCUUUGUACAUGUCUGUACGUAUACCUACUAUGCUUUAUCAGCGUGUGGUCCUAAAAUACAGAGAUAUACCUAUCCAAGAAAGAUAUAUCUUACUUUUGUGCAAGUAAUUCAAUUUUGGAUUGUUUUAGGAUACAUCGCGUGGGGCCUUAUUUCAGGAUGUGAACAUUUAGACAAGGGUGCCGGAACUUCUGUAAUAUUUUUCUCAAUAUUGAUGAUUUUAUUUGCAAACUUUUAUGUUAAGAAUUAUAAAAAGAAACAAUGAAA